UAGUCUCUACGUCUUUGUCAUUUUUUGUUCUCUCAAAGCCCAAAACCUCACUCUAUACUGUUUACUCCUCUCCUUCCAUAAAAUUUUCCCGAGAAAAUGAACUCGGCUACCGACUCCAUAACCCCAAAAUUUUUCUCACCAUUCAAGCAACCCUCUCAUCUCCUAAACCUCCAGCAAGCGUUCUCUAACCUCCAAACCCACUGCUCUUCUCUCUUCCAACAAACUCAUCAUCACUUGAAGGGCGCUUUUGACUCCACUUUUGCUCACUUUAAUCCACCUUCUUUUUCUCCAAAAGGCCCAGUUUUUGCUCGAAUUGUUGAUUCUAGCAAGACCCAGAUUGAUUUGAGUAAAAAAUCAGGGGUUGCCAUGUCGGCUGAGGCAAUAGAAGAGAGAUUGGCUGGGGUUCCGGUUUAUGCUUUGAGUAAUUCGGAGGAGGAAUUCGUGUUGGUUUCGGGUGUUUCGACUAAAAAGUCACUCGGGUUGUUGUGUUUCAAGAAGGAGGAUGCUGAGGCUCUUUUGGAACAGAUGAAGAGUAUGGAUCCCGGCAUGAGAAAAGGUGGUUCUAAAGUGGUUGCUGUAGCUCUCAACAAGGUUUUCCAGCUGAAGGUUGACGGCGUGGCAUUAAGGUUGAUACCAGAGUCGGCUCAGUUAAAAAAUGCACUUAGAGAAAGGGAAAGGGCUGGUUUCUCUGAUGAUGGCUUCCCUGGCGUUCCAGUUUUCCAGUCUAGGAGCUUGUUAUUAAGAAGUCAGAAUAAGAGCUAUCGACCAGUUUUCUUUAGAAAGGAGGAUUUAGAGCAAUCCCUUCUGAGAGCUUCCCGCCAGCAGAAUCAAUUGAAUCCUGCUUUUAGACCGGGGGACAUUCAGGUUGCUGUUUUUGAGGAAAUAAUUAAGGGGAUGAAAGAUGGUUCAACGUCAAAGUGGGAUGAUGUUGUUUUCAUCCCUCCCGGUUUUGAUGUUUCAACUGAUCCCACUCAACAACAAUAGGUAACUGCAUGACUGGAUGGUCUGCCAGGAGUAGUGACUAUGCUGGCCUUCUUCAGCUGUGGAGACAAGCCUGGGUGCUCAGUGCUCUUUCCCUGAUUAGUUCAUUUCUGAUCUUGUUUCAGAGAAGUAAAUUGUGCUGCAGCUCAGGCUUUGUAGAUUUGUAGGUUUGAAUCUGUUUAACGUUCAAGAUGCUUGGGAAAGAAAAAGUGAACACGCAUAGAGACGACUAAUUGCCAAUGUGGCCUUAGAUCGCAUGGUAUAUUGGGUUUUGAGUAAUACACCCAAUUAGGAAAUGAUAAAAAGUUAGAAAACAGCAAAUUUAAAACAUCCAUCCCAAAGUUUGCAUAAUUUGUGUACACUUCCUCUUGGAAUUUUCAUGCGCCAGUUCUACUUUGGUUGAUGCUAAAUCUGCCAUUUUACUUUUAUUUCUUCAA